UUCUCUCACACAUUGUCCAUUUUUCUUCGUGUCUCUUUGACAAGUCGGAUUGUUGUGUUGUUGUUGGAGAUGGUGUCUCAAGGGAACCUGAUUAUUGCUAUUGUGAUACCUAUCGUAAUACCUAUAGGGUUAGCAAUGUUUGUAUUCUUCUUUGCUCUCCAGUACAAGUAUUUGAAAAGGGUAAGAGUACGUUUGGAGUUUCAGGAACAGAUGGCUCGUAGAACCCAAGUAAGAAAAGCGGGUCUUUCCAAAUAUGACAUACUACACUAUUGUCCUUUAUUGAUAUACAAAGGAAGUAGUAAAGCCUCCUUGCAUCCUGAAAAAUUAAUUAUCGAACAAGUUGCACCUAAAAAGGAUGACGAAGAAUGCGGUCAGUUGAGUACCCUCGAGGAAAGGGGAGGAAGUUUUCCUGUAACUGAUAAUGAAGACAAAAGGUCAGAGACAAGGAAAAGAGAAUAUUCUACAAAAGGAUUUGAAGAGGGGGAUGUACUGGUGAUAUCCAUAGUGAACCCUGGUAAUAAUGAGUGGUUACAUGUGGGAGGUGAGAGGGAAGUGUUAAGUAGGUCGAGCUCUUCAAAGAAAACCAAACAAGAUAAUACGCCAUUGCUAAGUGCAAAGGCUAUUCCUGGUGGUAUUUGUUCCAUUUGUUUGGAAGAAGUGAAAAAGGAAAGUCGUCUUCGUUUACUUCGUUGUGGUCACGCCUUUCAUUGUCGAUGUAUUGAACGAUGGCUCGGUUCUGUCAAUCGAUGCCCGUUGUGUAAUUCAACUGCGGUUGACCGUCCUACCUUUUCUGUAGCCGAGGUAAGUUCUACUGGUGAAAUAGCUUUGCCACUACCACAACCGACGAAUUCUCCGUCACUUGAACGUGGCAAUAUAUUUCAACGAAUAGGACAUUGGUUCCGUGAAGCUUUUAGUGAUGUUCCUCCAGAGUUAAGGAAUGUUACUCUACAGAACUCUCCAACACAGCCUUUACCUCGCUUCAGUGGUGUUAGUGUUGCUCGAACUUCAGCACAAGGAGAAGAUGAUGAUGAAGAAGCAGGAGGACGUAGUGAAGAAGGUCGCCUUUCUUCCAUGUAUAGAGAUGGAAACCAACAUAUGGUAGAAUAUGUUGAUGAGUAGGCAUGAGAGAAUCAAAUCCAAUAGAUUUCUUUCCUUACAUAUAGAUCAUUUCAUUUCUUUUGGGAAAGAGAGAUGCAAAGUUUCACAAAGGAUGGAAGAAUAUUGAGUAAACAACUUUAUCGCAAAUAUAUCCAAUUGAUUUAUC